UCACAUGGAUUAGUGAAGUCUUCCCCAGCUAUAAAUAUCCUUGUCAUCACUCUCUUUCACUUUGCCAUUCAUACAUCAUAAAAGAAAAACAAAAAAACUUUGUUAGAAAUCUCAGAAAAGAGAAAAAGCCCAGUGUUCAUUUGGUCUAAUCAUGGAGAAAAAUGAGGUUGCUGUCACUAAAAAAGAGCCUAAUUACAGAGGAAUCAGAGCCAUGCCUUUUGUUAUUGGGAAUGAGACAUUUGAGAAGCUGGGAACAAUUGGAACUUCAUCUAACAUGUUGGUGUACCUCAGUACAGUGUUCAACAUGAGCUCCAUUUCUGCCACUAAUUUCAUCAAUAUCUUGAAUGGAACUUGCAAUUUUGGAACAAUGUUUGGAGCCUUUCUCUCUGAUACUUAUCUAGGCCGAUAUAAGACCCUCGGAAUUGCAUCAAUUUCCUCUAACCUUGGGAUGCUUGUGCUAACACUAACAGCAGCAUUUCCGUCCCUACAUCCUCCUAAAUGUGGAGCAGAAGAGAGUAACAGAUGUGUCAGUGCAACACCAUGGCAACUCGCAUUCUUGUUUAGUGCAUUCGGGCUGCUGGUAGUCGGAGCUAGUGGCAUAAGACCGUGUAACUUGGCAUUCGGAGCCGAUCAAUUCAAUCCCAAUACAGAUUCAGGGAGAAAGGGAAUCAACAGCUUCUUCAAUUGGUACUACUUCACCUAUACUUUUGCCAUGAUGAUAUCUUUGACACUCAUCGUCUACGUGCAAACCACUGUGAGUUGGGCUAUCGGAUUAGGCAUUCCUGCGUUUCUCAUGUUCCUGUCCGUCGCCUUCUUCUUCAUUGGGAGCAGAAUUUAUGUCAAAGUAUUGCCUGAAGGCAGUCCCUUGACAAGCAUGGCACAGACAUUAGUUGUUGCAUUUAAGAAGAGAAAGUUGAAAUUGCCAGAGCAAGAUUGGAGUAAUCUGCUUAAUUACUUUCCACCGGAUUCAAUCAAUUCAAAGCUUGCUUAUUCUGACCAACUAAGGUUUCUCAAUAAAGCAGCAAUAAUCACACCCGAUGACAAGAUCAAUACCGAUGGAUCGGCAGCCAAUCCAUGGUGUCUUUGCAGCAUCCAGCAAGUGGAAGCAAUGAAAUGUGUGAUUAGAGUAAUUCCCAUAUGGGUUUCAGGCAUAAUAUACUACGUUAUCAUAGCACAAAUGCAGACUUAUGUAAUAUUCCAAGCCAUCCAAAGCAACAGAUACCUAGGAAGUGGCAAAUUCCGAAUCCCGGCAGCAUCUUACACUGUUUUCAAUAUGUUGAGCUUCUCGAUAUGGAUUCCCAUUUACGACAGACUCAUCCUUCCUUUACUCCGACGAAUCACAAGAAAUGAAGAAGGGAUUAGUCUCCUCCAGCGGAUCGGGAUAGGAAUGGUACUUGCUAUAGUCACAAUGCUCGUAUCAGCAUUAGUCGAAAACCACAGGAGGACGUUGGCCUUAACUCGUCCCACAUUAGGCCUCGAGCCUCGAAAGGGCGCCAUUUCAUCCAUGUCGGGUUACUGGCUGAUACCUCAGUUGGCAAUAGCAGGAAUUUCCGAGUCAUUCACUGUCAUUGGUUUAAUUGAAUUCUACUACAAACAGUUCCCUGAAAACAUGCGCAGUUUCGCAGGAUCUUUCGUGUUUUGUGCAUCCGCAAUGUCGAGUUAUUUGAGCAGUUUCUUGAUAUCAGUCGUUCAUCGGACGACAAGAGUGGGAGAAUCAGAAAAUUGGUUGUCUGAUGAUCUUAACAAGGGGAGAUUGGAUUACUUUUAUUACCAGGUUGCUGGUUUAGAAGUGCUGAAUUUGGUAUACUUUUUGAUUUGCUCAAAGUAUUACAAGUACAAAACAAGAGAAAGCAACAUUAAAGAUGUUGCUAUGGAGGAAUUAUAACGUAAAAAACCUAUAAUUUUUAGUUUCACAAUCAGAAUUUUUGAGGGAUUCAUCAAACUAUAGAAAUACAGGCAGCACGUGCAUUUCGACCCGAUUGAAGAACAAAAAUAAAUUAAA